AUGACUUUACAUACAUACGCCCAAAUGUGGAUACACCCAUUUUCUCAUGAAUACCAUACUUACCCUUCUGAUGCCGAGGAUUUAAAGAAAGUAGCUUUACGGGCUACAGAACGUUUAGAACAAAUUUAUGGCACACAUUAUAGAAUUGGAACUGGGGCUGAUUUACUUGCACCAGCUUCCGGAGGGUCUGAUGAUUGGGCUAAAGAAACUCUUGGAAUUAAAUAUGUUUAUUUGGAUGAACUGAUUCCUACAGCUAUCGAAACGUUUGAAGGAAUUAAAGAAGUAAUUCGAGCUGUGACGUCUGAGCCUAGUGAAAUUUUAGAGAUGAAAAAUACAACAGAAACGAGUACUGGAUUGGCUAAUGAAACUUUGAAGUUGGAGGAAGAUGAGGAGGUGAAGAUUAAUUCGACCGGUUUAACCACCGACUUGAAGCAGUACACGGAGAACAACAACAGUACUGGGGAACAGUUUGAGUCAACCCUCACCGAAACCUCGUCUUUGGGAAUGUCUGAGAAUCAAACUGAGACAACUACAACGCCUUUAACAACUAUGGAAGAAAUCAAAGAGCCCGAGCAGUACACGCACCACACCACAGAAUCUUUUGAUUUUCUUAUCGGAAUUGGAGAAGAGAAAGUCAACAUGUCAUCCUUCUCUUUAUCACCUCAAUUUCUCUUCCCAUUGUUUACAAUUCCAAAAAUUCAAACAAUUCCGAUCGGUUCUGGUUUUGGAGAUGAACAAAAAAGAGAAGAACCUGAACUUUCGACAACCAGUUUUUCGACAUCAACAAAUUCCCUCCUUUCUAAAGAUCAACUAGAAAGCAUAGAAACGACUGAAACAGCUAGCAGUGAAAAUAUCGAAGCAACUUCUUCAAGCAUUACAGAAAGCAGCAGUACUCCACAGACUUCUAGCAGUACUCCAAAGACUUCUAGCAGUACUCCACAGACUUCUAGCAGUAUAAUAACCGAUGAGACUUCAUCCUCAGAGCUUGUAAUAAAUUUAGAGGAAGACCCCGCUAGCACAACAACAAUUUCAAGUAGUACAACAAAGUAA